GUUGCACAGUUCCGCACACGAGAAAUCACUUGAUGACAAGGGGGUAUACUUGAUUCCACCAACGUCCUCGGUAGCUGAAGUUUAAAGGUAGGAUUCAUCGCGACUUCGGCAUGCUUUUGUGGUCCGUUGGCAAAGAGAAUGCUGGUUAAGAUCUGGUUAUCCAGCAAGGCUCUGGAACAAGGAUGGCAGUACCUGAUUCUCAGACAAUUCAUAAUAACAAGACAUGAUGCACUCGGAGAUAUUUCAAUGCUUCAAAUUGAUAUAUAAAAUGGCCAAACAAGAAGAAGGCUCACAUCCUUCUACGUACUGGAAAUACAUUACCGAUAGGGGAUACAUCUGGACAAUUGUGGCAUUGGGCUUCAUAACUCAAUGUCUGCCACCACAUAAUGCACAAAAGAAGCCGGAAUACCAGCUUUGAAUCAAUGUAAACGUAACUCUAACAAUAGUGUGGUCGAAUUGUGGUUGGCUCAGGUAGCGCAUAGGACGCCAAGCUCAAUAAAUGCAAGCCACAACUCAACGCGCAAAUGGAAAAGGGAAAAAUAAGCGCGCUGAGCUCAAGUGAAACCGAACUCAAAUUUGGAAAGGCACUUUCCAAUGAAGAUUCAGGGGAGACAAAUGUUCAAUAAAUGUCUGAUUGUCGACAAAUUCAGAUACCAAAGGUAUGUGAGGACAGACAGUUCCAGUCCGCCUCCUGAUGCCACCCCGAAUAUCAGCGACCCGUCAUCAUGUUUUUGUUUACUUGGAAGGCUAUCCUCGCAAAGAUUCUGGUGUUUGGAUCGUUUCUUUCAAUCGCCUCGGCAUUCCCUCUCGACAUUCGAAACGAUGGACCUCGGGGAGACUUUGAUCCCGAAAUUGAGCAGCUCUUUGACCAGUACAACGUCCCGUAUGGCGUUCUCGGUGCCAUUUCCCACAUCAUCAUGGUGUACACUCUAGUCUGUCAUCUUUUUGGCCGCAUACCCUUGAUGCCGUGGAAGUACCUCAGUCAACACCUCAUCGAUGUCAUCGUCACCAGCUGCAUGGCAAUCGUGACUGUCACUCUCGCCGCUCUCAACGCGUCCGAAGUUCGAGAAUCGCGUGCGUUGGUGAUGCUCUUAGCCAUGCACAUAAUAUUUGGCUUGGUCAUGGACGCAGUUAUAAUUCAGCGAUAUUUUAAUAGAGAAAGGAGGGGUCUGAUGGUUCAAUUGGCUGGCUGGGUUUGCGUUCUGUGCGUUGCUGGCUUGUUGUCGAGUCAAAUGCUUGCCCAUAUGACGGGUAGCAAGCGUAUUGAUGAUUCCGAGUGGCAGUGGUCUGAUCCUGGCAUCAUCAUUAUCGCCGUGAUGGGAAUCGGAGGAGGUGUGAUUGCUGUCGUCUCGUUCUUUUUAAUGUGUCGCAGCAGCACACCUAAGACGGGAGGGAUAAAACCAUUCAGCGUCUACGUCUUUUUCUUCGCCGGUCUGGUGUGCGCGUUGGGGUGGUUUUGGCUUGCUGACUAUGGGCCCGUGAUCGUCACUGGCAACACACUGGGCCAACCUCGCCAAGGCAAAAACGCGCUGUUUUGGGUCUACUUUGUGUUUCAGUGGGUUCCCCUUUUCACCAUCUGA